CCGAUUCCAACAUUCCAACUGGCUAACCUUAGCGAAGAGUAACACCCAAAUAUAAAACUUGAAUUGAAUUUGGUAAUUAUUAAUUUUUGAAUUUUCUCCGAGUUCAAAGCGAAUUAAAGAUGCACGCGUCUAAUCACGUAAACGAUCCAAAAAGGCCAGAACGAGAACACAGGUACAAACCUCUAGCUUCGAAUAAUGCAUCUGCUGAGGAUCUUACCCCUGAUUAUAUGAAUAUUCUCGGGAUGAUUUUUAGUAUGUGCGGCCUCAUGAUGAGGCUGAAAUGGUGCGCUUGGGUGGCACUCUACUGUUCCUGCAUUAGCUUUGCCAAUACAAGGGUCAAUGAUGAAACGAAACAAAUAAUCAGCAGUUUUAUGUUGUCAAUAUCAGCCGUAGUCAUGUCCUACCUUCAAAAUCCGCAGCCUAUGACUCCACCCUGGGCGCCUUAUUAGUUUAAGAAAAGAUUAUAUAAAUGUGUUAAAUAUUUACAAAUUGUAUAUAAAUUAAUUACAAAGUUAAUUAUUUAAAUCAGAAAUGUUGCUCUGUUUGGUU